AUGACUGAGAGAGAUAUACAGAUGGCGGAUCGUAUGAGUACAAACACUAGCAGGGUUGAGUUGGAUGAUGAAGUAAUGGACGACGCCACUGAUUCUUCAGAGUAUGCUCAGAUGUGGAUAGAUUUGUUUUUAGGAAGAAAAGGGCAUGAAUACUUCUGUGACGUCGAUCCAGAAUACAUAACAGACCGUUUCAAUCUGAUUAACUUACAAAAGACAGUGUCGAAGUUCAGCCAAGUUGUACAAUAUAUAGUGGAUGAGUUAGAUGACAGCAUUGUGGAGAACAUGUCCAAAGCACGUCUUGAGCAAUUGGAGAAUGACGCCAGAAAAUUUUAUGGGUUGAUCCAUGCGAGAUAUAUUAUCACGGUGAAAGGAUUACAGAAGAUGUUGAGCAAGUACAAAGACGCAGAUUUUGGUAGAUGUUCAAGAGUAUAUUGUAACUUUCAACCUUUGCUGCCGGUGGGUUUACAUGAUGUUCCUGGUAUAGAUAGUGUCAAACUAUACUGUCCAUCAUGUGAAGACCUUUACAACCCUAAGUCAUCUAGACACAGUUCCAUUGAUGGUGCAUACUUCGGAACUAGUUUCCCAGGAAUGUUCUUACAGGCAUUCCCAGACAUGGUACCUAAACACCCAACUGCUAGAUAUGUUCCAAAGAUAUUUGGGUUCGAAUUACAUAAACAAGCACAACUAACACGUUGGCAAGAGUUGCAAAGGCUCAAGUUGGUUAAGAGACUUCAAGCUAAAGAGGUUGACUUAUCAAAAAGUGGUGGCUUCCGUGAUUGA